CCACGUUAUCUUGAUUUUUGUUGCCUUGUAAUCUCCCUCCUCUUCAUUCUCCAUUCCUCACCAGGAGGCAGCAGAGCAACCAACACAGGCUAACAAUAUUAUAACAAUUGAAAAAAACGAUGUCUCUGUCUCUGCCUCUGCCUUCUCGUUCUUCACAAAUUCGAACCCUUGCAAUAACCGCAGCAAGCAGAAAGCACAAGUUCUUGCACAUUCCAGUACAACAAUGGACACCAUCAAGACCACUUCAACACUUAUACACAAAUCACCAAUAUUUUUUAUCAAGAACGUCCUUUCAAUGUAUGUCUCGAAGCCAACAACAAGAAUAUGAAGUUGAAAGGCUUUUUUCUAACCUUAACCAGGUCACCUUGAAGAGAGAACCUGGAAGUUUAUCUAGUGCAAUACUUCUAGUUGCUGGCACUACGAUAGGUGCUGGGAUCCUGGCAAUUCCUGCUGUGACUCAAGAAUCUGGAUUUUUGGCCUCUUCGGUUGCCUGCAUUUUUUGCUGGAUCUUUAUGGUUACUACGGGAUUGCUCAUUGCUGAAGUAAAUGUGAACACAAUGUGUGAAUUGGGUUCAGGUGGUGUGUCAUUGGUGUCAAUGGCCAAGAGGACACUUGGGGUGGCAGGAGUUCAAUUUUCUUGUUGGUCAUACAUAUUCAUCCAUUAUGCCCUUCUAAUUGCUUAUGUGGCUCGCUCUUCAGAUAUUUUGACGAACUUUCUCGGCAUUCCAUUAUGGGAAAGUGCAACCUUAUUCUCCUUAGUGUUUGGAGGCAUAUGCUACUUUGGAAGCCAGCGCUUCAUUGGAGCAGUCAAUGGAGUUCUAGUAUUUGGAAUCAUCAUUUCUUUUACAUCUCUUGUGGUGGCUGCAAGUGGAGACCUGCAUUUAGACGCUCUUUUGAAAGCCAACUUUUCAGCUGUUCCUAUGAGUAUACCCAUAAUUGCACUUUCAUUUGUUUAUCAGAAUGUAGUACCUGUUCUUUGCACAAAUCUUGAAGGAAACCUAUCAAAAGUAAGGACUGCCAUUGUUCUAGGCACAGCUAUUCCCCUUGGUUUGUUUCUUGUAUGGGAUGGUGUAAUUCUUGGAUCCAUUUCAACCCCUGAGAUGGCUGAUAAGAUUGCUGAUCCAUUACAACAGCUUCUAUCUACCAAUGGAGUUGUGGGACCCAUAAUACAAGCCUUCUCAUUCCUUGCAAUUGGAACAUCUUAUAUUGGAUUCGUUUUGGGACUUUCCGACUUCCUCGCUGACUUGCUAAAGCUCCCAGCUGGCGAGAACAAGCCUCUGCCCUACAUCUUGACUUUGAUUCCACCACUGGUGUUAGCAUUGCUGGACCCUGAAAUUUUCUUCAAGGCCCUGGACUUUGCAGGGACAUAUGGAGUAUUGGUGCUCUUUGGAAUUAUUCCUGCUGCAAUGGCAUGGUCAGACAGGUACUCAAGUUCAUCAACAACUAUCAAACUACCACAACUGGUUCCUGGAGGAAAAGUUACCCUUUCUCUUGUGAUGGGAGCUGCUGGGUGCAUCAUUCUUUCUGAAAUACUAGAGAACUUCAUGAACCUUUAAUUUAGCGUCCCCUUUUUUUUUCCUUCCUGUUUUACUUCCAAUUUGCCUUAUUUUUGUACAAAAUGACCGUAAGGUUGUCGGUUUUGACAAUCAAAAUCUUUGUUUUGAUAUUGAUCUUCGAGAUCUAGCUAUAAACAGCUUCACAUUUGAUCAUCAA